GUAGUGCAUGACUAUUCUAGUAAUACAAAUAGAAUGGUAGACGCAUGGAUCUCUUGUUCGGGGUUUGGACCUGCAGGGUCUCUUGUUCGGGAUUGCCUGAAAGAACUCAAUCAGAUCGAGUGCAUCAUUAUCUUUAUCCUCAUACAACCACGACCACCUUCGUCAUUUAGCACAUAUCUAUUUCACAUUUGGAGGGGCACCACCAGGAGGACAAAAAAUGAGGGGUGCUUCCUCGCGCACCGCUGCCGUGGUGGUAGCAGCGUUUGCGUCUUGUUCGCCAGUUGCAAAGGGAGAGCGACCUAUGGCAAAGGUUAUCAAGCUGUUGAGGGAUAUGGGCAAGCAAUUGGAAACGGAGAAAGCGGACGACGACGCGGUACACGAGCAUUAUCAGUGUUGGUGCAAGAAAGAAAAUUAAGGCUAUCGUAAUAUCCUUCAUCCAUUCGACUGAAAUAUCUUGGCAGAGUAACUAAUGUAGCUCGAUCGUCCUCGUAUCAUGAACCAACGAUGGUAACAGGGACACCAGCUCGCAUCGUCCUCGUAUCCUAGCUGGGCGUCCAGGGUUGAGAAAGGCAGCCUCAUAAGAUGAAUUGGCAACUAGCGAGAUGCUCAUGUUCAAGGUGCUCACGAAUAAUGAAAAUUUUAGAGAGUUUCUAGUACUUCUAAGAAAAAGAAGCGAAGGACAAUGUCGUCAAGCUCGAGUCCGCGAAUAUGGCAACGGCAAAGGCUUCAGCGGAGGCGUCUUUCGCAGAAGAGAAAGAAAAACGAGCUGUGCGAAAUAAGGCGUACGACGACAUGAACUCAAAGAAGACGUCACUCCAAGAGGUACUACAACAUCAUCUGCUUCAGUAGUUGUAGACGCACAACCACAAGGGUAUAAUACAAGCGGAUACACUCAACGAAUGUCAAGCUGGGAUCGGCGCAUGAAAAUAGCAACUACUGUAGAAGAUUGUGUCCAGUACAAACUUGCACGAUUGAGGAUCGCUAGGCGUAGAAGUAGAGGUGAUACAUAAAUGAUGGUUAAACUGUGGCCCAUCGGAAUCAGGGCCGCGGGCCUUUUUGUGGGGGUAAGGGUAGGAAAUUUCCUUGGACUUCGAUGUAGGUGCAAGAACAGUUCACCUAUUGUCUCGUUGACUGUUUCGAUUCCUGUCGCAACUGCACAAGACAAACAUAGAAAUUGUCCCUUCUCUAGGGGCAAGCACAUUAUUCAGUCACUCCUCGAAAAUGUGCAGAAUUAGUCCCGGGAUGCGUUUGUGAUUACUCCGUCUCGUAUUAAUCAUUUCACCCACGACCAGACACGAGAGCGGUGUAUGUCUGAAGCGAAGGAGGCGUCUGCAGAGGCACAGGAGUAUGUGAAGACAAUUACCGCAUUGAAGUCGGCCUUGACUAUACUUGGCGGACACAACAAGGGUCUCCUGCAGAUGGACGCUCGCAAAAACGCACAGCUUCGUAAACUCGUCGAUGAUCUCCUCUUAUGGCUAUCGUUAAAUUAUUGGCUCUUGCAAGCGAAUCAAUGGGUAAGCAUUCACUUUGCUCAAAAUUCACGGUCUGCUAAAUUUUUUCAUAGAAUUACCGGUCUUUACAAAAUUUGGCGGCUGGGUGGACCGAACAAGCAAAGAUAGUUGUAACGUUCGCCGCUUUGUCCACUUGACUAGCAUCGCAUAACGACAGCUGGAGAAAUGCAUUAACAGCGCUAAUUCUGGACUCCUCGGUGAUGGAAAAGCUUCAAGAUACAAAGCCAGAACGGCUGCUCGAACUCCAGAGCCUUUUAACGUCUGCAGAGCCUAAAAGCGUUAGUUUUCUGCAGCAGCCGGUCUACUCUAGUUACAGCAGCCAGAGCGGAAGGAUCUUCGGUGAGAGUUUACUUCAACAUCAUAUAAUAUGAAAAUGCCGGAGUGGUCAUGAUAUGUGUUUCUGAUCUUCCUUCUAUGUACUAACAAGGACGUGAACAAGUUGCCUAAAGUUAAAGGAGUGCUUUUUCCAUCUGCGGUAGUUCUCACCCACGCGGCUGUGUUAAAACACCAUCGCAAUAGGUUUUCGCACGUUCCUACUACAAGUGCUGUACAACAACAAUGACAAUCUCUCUCCUACCAGUGACAACAAAUAGCGUUCUUGUUGGUUGUCUGAAUACUUCUGGUGGAAUGGCACGUAACAGCACUGAAAACAAAGGUAUUCUUUCGCAGAUGCUAGAGGAAUUCGAGCGGGAUUCGUCAGCGGCUGCAAAGAAGGAGGAAGAGCGUCAAAAGACAUGCAAGUCCGUCAUUAGGUCAACGCAAAGGGAAAUAUCUGCCUUGCAGACGACAGUCACGAAUUUGGAUGCUCGGCUCGGAGAAUUGGUGCAAACGAAUGCGGAUGCCAAAGCGGAUUACGCAGCAGCAGACGAAAAAGUCGAGCAUGCUAAGGAAUUCUUGGUACUUCAUUCUAAUAGAACAAAUAAGUUGCACUGAAGUAUACUAUCCACUGUCUUUAAAGUUCCGGCUAUGUUGAAGCCGAAAGCGACAUUUUUUUAGAACGAAGUCGCUUGUUCUGGUUUGAAGCUUCAUGCGUAACAAAUGAAAUCAAAAAAAUCUAAAUCUUGUCUACCUAAAGAGGUCUAUGUGCUACGCAGUCAUGAUGAUGAUGAUAAAUAUGACCUUUUUGAUAGUUGCGAAAUCCCUUGUUUCUUCACGUUUUUCCAUGGAAUUGUUGGUAUCUUGUGCGGCUAACGAAAAUAUCACAGGACAAGCUAGCGUCGGAGUGUGCGCAGAAUGAAAGCGACUAUGCCUCCCGCACGAAGAGCCGCAACGAAGAGAUGCUCGCCAUAGAAGACACGAUCAAAAUCCUGGACAACGAUGAGGCCUUCGAGGCCUUCGGAAAGAGUCUGUCUUUUUUGCAGACUCACACGGCGACUAAAACGCGGGACCAGGACGCCAAGAACGCAGCAAUGUUCGCGCUGCGUCCCUUUGCCCAGCGCUCCGCGGAUGCGUUUCUGAUUCAGACCAUGAUAAAAGCUGCGGACAAGAGUAGCAUGGGCAGGGUGAUCGAAGCCAUCAAAAAGCUGAUCGCAAAGCUCAAUGCGGAGCAGAAGGAGGAGGUUGUCUUCCGUGACACCUGCGUUGCCGACGUUGAUGACAUUGAUGCCGAAAUGCGGGUACUACACCAUGAAUAUGACUUCACGGUUACAAAUCGAAUUUCCCAUGCUCUAUAGAUUAACUGAGGACGAGUUGUUGCAUAUUGACUAUAAGAAUAUGAAUAAGCAAUGGGUUCUUGAACUCGGUAUCAAACAGCUUACCGAGAUUCUGUUUGCCGAUGUUCUCCUAGGUAAAGACGGCUUCCCGCGCGAAGAAAGAGAGUGAGGCCGGAGAGCUCGAAGCCAGCGUUGAAGCACUUACUGCGGCCCUGGACUCACUGAAGAAGUCUACUGAGGAGAUGCAAGCCGACAUUCAGGGUGCGAGUGAGCAGCGCGCCGAGGAAAACAAGGCCUUUGUCCAGGAGAAGCAAGAGCACGAUGCGACCCAGGCGAUUCUGAUGAAGGCAAUCAAGCGCAUGCACCAGGUAUACGGAACCACGAAGCAGUAUGAGCAGGAAGGCAUCGUAGCCGGCGAGGCUAUGGUGCAACAGCCAGGAGCAGACGUGGUUCAGUUCUCUUCUACCGCAGACACGCCAGGCUCCGCACCGGUAGCGUUCACGAAAGGUAGUGCAACCGAGCAAAAUGCCGGCGGCAAAAAGGUAGUGCUUACGUUUCUCGCUUAAGUGAUGGAACGUGUUGAACUGACAGAAGAAUCGAAAAAGAGGAGGCGUCUUUUUCUAAAUUUAUGAUAACGUAGCUUUCCCCGCUAUGACGAUGAAAUUCUUUUUCAUCCAAAGAAAUUCAAACACUGACUUCAUUCGUGACUCCGCUUCUUCUAGGUGAUCAAGCUGCUGGAAGAUGUUAUUGCGGAUAGCGAGAAAGAUGAAGCAGCCGCAGAGCAGGAGGAGGCUGAUAGCCAGAGCGCGUACGACGACUUCGUGCGUAAGACGACGAACAUGAUCACGGCAAACAAGAAGGACGCUGCGCAGAAGACGGAACGCAAGGCCGCUGAGGAGAUUGCGUUGGGUGAUGCGAAGAGCACCGUCAAGUCGCUGGGUGACGCUCUAUUCGAUCUGACAGAGCAAAACAAGGAUGUGCACGCCAAGUGCGACUUCGUGCUGGUGAACUUCACUAAGCGCCAGGCGUCCCGAACAGCGGAAGUCGAAGCGGCUCAGACCGCCAUCCAAUACCUGCAGGGAAUGGCAUAACCCGGAGAUGAGCACUGUCUGGCGCUCGAUAUCCUCUCCUGCCACUUCUCUCUAAAUUCAAAUUUAUGUCUUCUUCUCUUGUAGCUGCUGUUGCAAAUUUAGAUUGUAUGCGUUGCAUUUCCAGGCUCAAAUUCUAGAAGCGAUGCACACCAUCCGUACUGUACAGAAUGAUAGAAAAUUGCAAAUCGUAGUGGCAUAUUCCUAUUCGAUUAUGAGAUCUUUGGCACAUCAUGAACCGAUGCUUGUCAUUCCUGGCUAGUGUAUCACUCUGUGCUCACAGUGAGAGUAUUGUAAUGGCAUUCUCGUAUCAUAGUUUUUUAUUAUCAAUCUCGCCAUUUUGGCGUGAUGUUUUUAGAGAGGCACCCGCACGGUAUUCAGUUUGAAUUUCGAUAAAAGAUAAAAUGAGCUAAGGCUGAACGUCGAGCCCGCGAGCCAUGUAAAACGCUGUCAUAAUCCCUUCACAACAACUACGUAUAUCUAAAGAUUUUGUUAGGCGAGUACAUUUUGAAAAAUGUGAUGUAUUUUUUUUUGUUAGGUUUAGGUCACAUGGCAAUGAGGGUGUGGUUUUAUGGCACUUAUGAUUUCCGUGGUGUAUGGUUUAAUCAGGUUUAGGUCGAUGCAUUUACUUACUUUCGAGUUUUAGAUUGCUGCUGUUCGUGAUGCUGCGUACGAAAACUUUUUUCUGGUAUGGCAAUUUGGGUUUAGAAAGUGAUAGAUUCGUAGGGAUGAAUGGAGUAAUGGAGCCGAACUUGUGUCGCAUAUCAUAGAAAUGUGAGCGGAAGAAAGCAGAGGUGCAUUAUUGUCAUAAUGAUGACCAUGUUAUGCAAGGACUGGAGUACCGUUGUUGUGGCCUUUCUUGGCUAACCCUUGAACGCGAGGCUGGUGCUUCUGGUGUAGCAUUGCUCAAGUAAAUG